GAUGCCGGACCAGAUCUCCGUCUCCGAGUUCAUCGCCGAGACCACCGAGGACUACAACUCGCCCACCACGUCCAGCUUCACCACGCGGCUGCACAACUGCAGGAACACCGUCACGCUGCUGGAGGAGGCUCUAGACCAAGAUAGAACAGCCCUACAGAAAGUGAAGAAAUCUGUAAAAGCAAUAUACAAUUCUGGCCAAGACCAUGUACAAAAUGAAGAAAACUAUGCACAAGUUCUUGAUAAGUUUGGGAGUAAUUUUUUAAGUCGAGACAACCCCGAUCUUGGCACUGCUUUUGUCAAGUUUUCUACUCUUACAAAGGAACUUUCCACACUGCUGAAAAAUCUGCUCCAGGGUCUGAGCCACAAUGUGAUCUUCACCUUGGAUUCCCUGUUAAAAGGAGACCUAAAGGGAGUCAAAGGAGAUCUCAAGAAGCCAUUUGACAAAGCCUGGAAAGAUUAUGAGACAAAGUUUACAAAAAUUGAGAAGGAGAAAAGAGAGCAUGCGAAACAGCAUGGGAUGAUCCGCACAGAGAUAACUGGAGCGGAGAUUGCAGAAGAGAUGGAGAAGGAAAGGCGCCUCUUUCAGCUCCAAAUGUGUGAAUAUCUAAUCAAAGUUAAUGAAAUCAAGACCAAAAAGGGUGUGGACCUGCUGCAGAAUCUUAUAAAGUACUAUCACGCACAGUGCAAUUUCUUUCAAGAUGGCUUGAAAACAGCUGAUAAACUGAAACAGUACAUUGAAAAAUUGGCUGCUGACUUAUACAAUAUAAAACAGACCCAGGAUGAAGAGAAGAAACAGCUAACUGCACUCAGAGACUUAAUAAAAUCUUCUCUUCAGCUUGAUCAGAAAGAAGUAGGUGGUUUAUAUGUUCCCAGCAGGGCUAACAGUUCUAGGAGAGAUUCCCAGAGCCGGCAAGGAGGAUAUAGCAUGCAUCAGCUCCAGGGCAAUAAGGAGUAUGGCAGUGAAAAGAAGGGGUACCUGCUAAAGAAAAGCGAUGGGAUCCGGAAAGUGUGGCAGAGAAGGAAGUGUGCUGUCAAGAAUGGGAUUCUGACCAUCUCACAUGCAACUUCUAACAGGCAGCCAGCCAAGUUGAACCUUCUCACCUGCCAGGUGAAGCCAAAUGCUGAGGACAAGAAGUCCUUUGACCUGAUAUCACAUAACAGAACCUAUCACUUUCAGGCAGAAGAUGAACAGGAUUAUGUAGCGUGGAUAUCAGUAUUGACAAACAGCAAAGAAGAGGCCCUCACCAUGGCCUUCCGUGGUGAGCAGAGCACAGGGGAGAACAGCCUGGAAGAUCUGACGAAAGCCAUCAUCGAGGAUGUCCAGCGGCUCCCUGGGAACGAGGUCUGCUGUGACUGUGGCUCAUCAGAACCCACUUGGCUUUCAACCAACCUGGGUAUCCUGACCUGUAUCGAAUGUUCUGGCAUCCAUAGGGAGAUGGGGGUUCAUAUUUCUCGCAUUCAGUCUUUGGAACUAGACAAAUUAGGAACUUCUGAACUCUUGCUGGCCAAGAACGUAGGAAACAAUAGUUUUAAUGAAAUUAUGGAAGCAAACUUACCCAGCCCCUCACCCAAACCCACCCCUUCAAGUGAUAUGACUGUACGAAAAGAGUAUAUCACUGCAAAGUAUGUAGACCAUAGAUUCUCAAGGAAAACCUGUUCCUCUUCAUCAGCUAAGUUGAAUGAAUUGCUUGAGGCGAUCAAAUCCAGGGAUUUACUUGCACUAAUUCAAGUCUAUGCAGAAGGGGUAGAGUUAAUGGAACCUCUGCUGGAAUCUGGUCAGGAGCUUGGGGAGACAGCCCUUCAUCUUGCCGUCCGAACUGCAGACCAGACAUCUCUCCACUUGGUUGACUUCCUUGUACAAAACUGUGGAAACCUGGAUAAGCAGACCUCAAUGGGAAACACAGUUCUGCACUACUGUAGCAUGUAUGGCAAACCUGAGUGUCUGAAGCUUCUUCUCAGGAGCAAGCCCACUGUGGACAUUGUGAACCAGGCUGGAGAAACUGCCUUGGACAUAGCAAAGAGACUAAAAGCUACCCAGUGUGAAGAUCUGCUUUCCCAAGCUAAGUCUGGCAAGUUCAACCCACACGUCCACGUUGAAUAUGAGUGGAACCUUCGACAGGAGGAGAUGGAUGAAAGUGAUGACGAUCUAGAUGACAAACCAAGCCCAGUCAAGAAAGAGCGCUCACCCAGACCUCAGAGCUUCUGCCACUCCUCUAGCAUCUCCCCGCAAGACAAGCUGGCACUGCCAGGAUUCAGCACUCCACGGGACAAGCAACGGCUCUCCUACGGAGCCUUCACCAACCAGAUGUUUGUCUCCACAAGCACAGACUCGCCCACAUCACCAACUACAGAGGCUCCCCCUCUGCCUCCUAGGAACGCCGGGAAAGGUCCAACUGGCCCACCUUCAACACUCCCUCUAAGCACACAGACCUCUAGUGGCAGCUCCACCCUAUCCAAGAAGAGGCCUCCUCCCCCACCACCCGGACACAAGAGAACCCUAUCCGACCCUCCCAGCCCACUACCUCAUGGGCCCCCAAACAAAGGCGCAGUUCCUUGGGGUAACGAUGUGGGUCCAUCAUCUUCAAGUAAGACCACAAACAAGUUUGAAGGGCUGUCUCAGCAAUCCAGCACCAGUUCUGCGAAGACUGCCCUUGGCCCAAGAGUUCUUCCUAAACUACCUCAGAAAGUGGCACUAAGGAAAACAGAAACGAGCCAUCAUCUCUCCCUAGACAAAGCCAACAUCCCACCUGAGAUUUUUCAGAAAUCAUCACAAGUGGCAGAGUUACCACAAAAGCCACCACCAGGAGACCUUCCCCCAAAACCCACAGAACUGGCCCCCAAGCCCCAGAUGGGAGAUUUGCCACCUAGACCUGGAGAGCUUCCCCCCAAGCCACAGCUGGGCGACCUGCCACCCAAGCCCCAGCUCUCAGACUUACCUCCCAAGCCACAAAUGAAGGACCUGCCCCCCAAACCACAGCUGGGAGACCUGCUGGCAAAAUCCCAGGCUGGUGACAUCUCACCCAAGACUCAACAGCCCUCCGAGGUCACACAGAAGCCACACCCCGUGGAUCUGUCCCCGAAUGUGCAGUCCAGAGAUGCCAUCCAGAAGCAGGCGUCAGAAGACUCCAACGACCUCACGCCCACUCUGCCUGUACCACUGCCCAGAAAGAUCAAUACGGGAAAAAAUAAAGUGAGGCGUGUGAAGACCAUUUAUGACUGCCAGGCAGACAAUGACGAUGAGCUCACGUUCGUCGAGGGAGAAGUGAUCAUUGUCACAGGGGAAGAGGACCAGGAGUGGUGGAUUGGGCACAUCGAAGGUCAGCCUGAAAGGAAGGGGGUCUUUCCAGUGUCUUUUGUUCAUAUCCUGUCCGACUAGGAAGCCCAAGCCUCAGACUGCCUACAUCCUUCAUGCAAGACUGCUGCCUCCAUGUAAUCCUGUGCACAAUUUGUAUAUAGCUGCUGUUACAGAAUGAGAAACUCAUGAAGGGCCACCUCAGGAGGGGAAUAUAGUAUGUAUUGUAAAUAUCCUGUGGGCUUCUGCCUUCACCAGUAUUAGGAUAGCCUCGGGACCCGGUUCGCCUUACUGGUUUGCCAAAGCCAUCCUUGGCUUCUAGCACUUAACAUCUCUCUAUGCUGUUUUACAGACAACAACAACAAAACAAAACAAAAAAAAAACAGGAGUGUAGGAACUGCUGGCUUUGCAAGUAGAAGUGGUCUCCAGCACCCCCUGAAGGGCAUAGAAUUGACUUUGUUCCUAACAAUGCAGUAUUCUCAAUCGUGUUACUGAAAAUGCAACAUUAGCAAAGAGGUGGGUUCUGUUCUCCAGGUGAAACUUCCAGUUAGCUCCAUGACAGACCAGCCUGUAGUUAGGUGUGUGCACAGUUUACAGCUACAAAACCUACUUUGGUAUUUAUUACAGAAAAGUGCUCAGUUAAAUGUAAGUAUUACUCCUUCAGCAGAAUAGUCACUGACCCAAAACUCUCGGUGGCAUUUUACAAUGCACACGGCCUCGUGCAAGUUUAGGCAGGUGGAUUUGUACUGUCACACGGUGAUGAGUGCCCACCCUGAGAUAUUACCUCAUUAUGCAGAAGUCACAUAUCCUUCAUGACUAUUUGGACAAAAGUUUAAAACAUGUCUGAUGAAGUUCAACUUUCAGGAACCAAGGACUGCCAGAAAAUACUAACCUGUACAAUAUGCAUGCAUCUAGAAGCUUACCUGAAAUCUGCCUUUUAUAAAGGAAUAAAUAGUGUCAAUGGUUGAACUGUACACUUUUUAAACUUGAGCGCCAUUAAAGCAGAAAUUAUAAGGUUGCAAGAA